AAAGCCGAAACGCAUGCAAAAGCAGUUGAUGGUCAAGUGAACGUUAACUUCUUCCACAUUCUUAUAACACCAUAAGGUUUCUUCAAUUUCAGUAGUGAGUCUAGUGACUAAAGGCCAAGCUUUCAAACUCUAUCAAAACUCAGAAUAAGCUUCAUAGUUUAGAACAAUGUGUAUAGGUGCGUUUGCUUGGCAAGCCCACCCGCUAUACCCCUUUCUUCUCUUGCAAAAUAGAGAUGAAUAUCACAACAGGCCUACAGAACCAUUGGCUUGGUGGGAAGGUUGUGAGAUACUAGGAGGUAGAGAUGAGGUUGCAGGAGGCACAUGGUUGGCUUGUUCAAGAGGAGGGAGGGUGGCUUUUAUAACAAACGUGUUGGAGCUUCAUACUCUCCCCGAGGCAAAGAGUCGUGGAGACCUGCCUGUGCUUUUCUUAGAGAGCACAAAGACUCCCAAGGAGUUUGCAGCGGAACUGAUUAAAGAGGCCCAUCAAUACAACGGAUUCAACCUUAUUGUGGCUGAUAUCUCUUCCAAAACCAUGUUUUAUGUCUCCAACAGGCCGAAAGGAGAACCCACUCUCAUGCAGGAGGUUUCUCCGGGCAUUCACGUGCUUUCAAAUGCAAAGCUUGACUCCCCAUGGCAUAAGGCUCAACGCUUAGGACUGAGUUUUAAGGAACGGCUUGCUAAACAUGGCAAGGGUGAGAUACCUUUGAAGGAGAUGGUUGAGAAGCUAAUGAGGGACACAGUUAAAGCUGAUGAAAGCAAAUUACCUCAUAUUUGUUCCCUAGACUGGGAGUUCAAACUAAGCUCCAUAUUCGUAGAAGUUGACACCCCACUGGGACUUUAUGGCACUAGGAGCACUGCCGCAUUAACCAUAAAAGCCAGUGGGGAAGUUAGCUUUUAUGAGAUGCAUCUUGACAAGGACACAUGGAAGGGAAAAACUGUAAAUUACCAUAUUCAGAGGCUGAAGUCAUAAAUGGAGAGAAAGCAACUGAAAGACAGCGCCUGAAUAAGAGAUUGCCCAUCUAUUUACUCACAUGUAUGCAGUAAGCCACUUGGUUGAUGUAUUUUGUAAAUGCAUAAAUAAAGGCCUAACAUAGGCAUAUUUAUAUCA